CACAGCUUGACGCCUGCUCCUGUGUGCACCUGAGGACCAAAAAUAAGAGAAGCUGCCAUGGAUCACUCUGAUGCUCUGUGUGGCAGCUGUGUGCCCCCUGGUUCUGCCCCACAGACUAGCAGCUAUUGGCCCAGCCAGCAGCCUGCGGUAGGGGUCCCGGGGUGGCCAGGACAGGCCACCCAGCCUCCGCCGUGCUGGUCUGGCCAACCAAGCACACCCUGCUGGCCUGGGACACAACCAGUGCCAGUUCCCACCCCAGCCCCCACCCAAGCUCCUGCACCAGCUCCAGCUCCCGCCGCACCAGCCACAACCCAAAGCCUAAUUCCAGCUCCAGCUGCUGUUCCAGCGCAUCCCUGUCAGCCAUGCUGGCCGGGCCAAUACCAGCCCUCCCAGCCCCCAGCUCCAGUUCCAGGUCCAGGUCCAACUCCAGUCCCAGCUCCUGUUCCUGCUCCCAGCAUGCAGCCGAGUGCACCAGGGUGGCCUGCACCUCCAGCCUGGCCUUACAACCCCGGACAGCCAGGAUGGCCUGGACAGAAUCCAACUACCAUUCCUCCACAGUGGCCCCUACCACCCACAUCUGGACCUCUAAGUGUGCCAUACAACUUGAACCUGACCCGAGGUGUCUAUGACAAGAUGAUGAUGACCAUCAUGGGCCACGUCAAACCCAACGCUAAAAUGUUCACGGUGAAUUUUCUGCGAGGCAACGACAUUGCCUUUCACAUCAACCCCCGCUUCAGUGAGGGAGGCAAGCAGGUGCUGGUCCGUAACCACAAGGUGGGCGAGCGCUGGGGCAACGAGGAGAGGAACCUGAGGGGAUCGUUCCCCUUCGCUCCUGGGAGCGCCUUCGAGAUGAAGAUCCUCUGCACAAGUGAAGAGUUCAGGGUGGCAGUGAACAACAUACCGCUGUUUGAGUUCCGACACCGCGUCAGAGAGCUCAACCAGAUCGACAGAAUCAACAUCCUGCACGACGUCGUCCUCACCUUCGUCAAUGUGGAGACACUUCCAUAGGACACACACAUACAUGAAUGCAUUAACACAUCAAGGAUAUAGCUAUGUAUGAGUGUUAAUAGUAAAUACAUAUGCGCAGAAAUACAUGCAUAGACACAAAGAGAAACACACACACACACACACACACACACAUUCUAUUAACAUUAGCACAGUGGGAAGUACAGCUUUCCAGAUGUUAUAUCAUGAUGUUAUGAUUAAAGAGUGACAAAAGCUGCAUGUUAUUAAAUUGUUAUUAUAUUAACAGUGAUAUGAGCUGAGCUCAUUCCAAAAUGUGCCACAGUAAGAUCAAAGCACUUCCUAUAUGCAUGAUAGCUAACCAUUUACUAUGCACUAAGCAUUUAUCUGUUAAGCAUGAGGAUGCUUGCGCUAUUUAUUAUGAGUAUUCUCUCUAUACUGUUGAAUUGCAUUUAUAAAGAAUACAAUGGGCCAAUAUUGUCUGUAGACAACAAUGCUAUCUACUGAAGAGUGCCAACUUUUAAUAA